GUCGACGGUGGCGGCGUCGUCAGUCGAGCUUUGCGAGGAGUUGGCAAGGUAAAAAAAGCGACUCUUCCUGAUGUGAGUGCGAGACAAAGGCACCGCUGCCGCUACUCCACUACAUUGGGUUAGCUAUGUCCCUCCCUGAACCGGGACAUGGCUUCAGUGUGGAAGCCGACUUCAUCGAGAAAAACGGCCGUCAGACUUGGAUUACAAAACUCUGCUGUUGUAGCCAAAUCAUGGCCAAUGUGAAGAUAACCCAAGCUAAACGGAUAUCCCGGACUCUCUCUGAGAUUGCUCAAUGGAGUAAACUGUGGCGUUUGAUUCAGGGCAGUGACUGUGACACAUGUCGAGACUUGGGUGUUGACUUGGCACCCAGUGGUGCUUCUUCUCAGCUAGAUCAAGAGCUUGAUCACAGAGUGAAGCGUUUUCUGAUGGAGCGUCAUAUACUUCGCAUCCAUCUUCCAAAUGGAGGAUUCAGUAUGGUGAAAUAUGGCGAUGCAACCGACAUUAAGGAUAUAAUUCGGCUGGUUGUUGGUCGUCUAAAUGUGAGUGAGUCAGUUUAUUCCCGAUGUUAUGCUCUGAAGUUGGUACAUACACAAUCGCGAGAGAGCUUUUGGUUGCAUAAUGACCUGACCAUGUUCCAAGUUCAAGAGAAAUAUAAUCUGAAACAUCCUUACGAAGUGUGGAGGUUUGAACUCCGGGUACGUUAUAUGCCUGAUUCCUACAAAACUCUCCAGCAGAAGGAUAAAGUGACAUUUGACUACCUCUAUGAUCAGGUUCGGAAUGACUACAUGCUCGAUGUGGCAGAACAUGUUGACCAUGAUGUUGCUAUUCGACUUGGUUGUAUUGAAAUGAGGCAUUUUUUCAAAGACAUGCCCCAGGCUGCUCUAGACAAGAAAUCAAAUUUUGAGUUUCUAGAAAAGGAAGUUGGAAUUAGGCGAUUUAUACCACGGAAUAUUAUUGAAUCCACAAAGCCUAAAAACUUACGAAGAUUAAUUCAAAAUCGUUUUAAGACUUAUUCGUCGUUGAGUGAAACUGAAUGUGUUUUUAAAUUCUUUGAAACUUUGUCUACUGUUACCAAAUUCAACCAAGAGCGCUUUAAAUGUGCCUUAGGAUAUGGCUGGAGCAUUUCUGUAGAUUUGGUGGUUGGACCAGAUGUUGGCAUCAGUUAUCUCACAGAAAAAGCUUCCACGCCAACUCACAUUGCUGAUUUCACUGAUGUAGAAUCUAUCCAGACAUUAUCUGCCACUUCUGAUGACAAAGGUGUAUUACAGCUGAAGAUAGCCGGUGCUACAGAACCUUUGACUUUAACCUGUGUGUCUGUGAGUGGCGCUGAAGACAUGGCAGAUCUUAUUGAUGGUUAUUGUCGUUUGGUCAACAACACACACGGUUCUUUGUGGAAACGAAAAGCCAACAAUUUCAGAUGUUCAUCUGCCUCCGAAAGUGAAGCCGAUACUAUACCACGAACAUCUCGUUCUAGUAUUCAACAAUCAUCAGGUAGUAACUACAGUAGAAGCAAUGACCCUCUCACUCCUACAGAGCGUUUGUCAGAUUAUGCUGAAAUUGUAGAAGAGGAAGGUGACUACAGUAUCCCAGAUGGUGAAAAUCUAUGCGUUUCUCGCCGGAAGAAAGAUACUAAGCCCAAAAAUUAUGAAAUAGAGCGAGAAUCCAUUCAGCUUGAAGAAAUCUUAGGCGAGGGGCAGUUUGGUGAUGUGUAUCGGGGCUUAUUCUAUGAUAAGGACAAGAAGGAAAUUCCAGUUGCUGUGAAGACUUGUAAAGAAGAUGAUGAAAACUUAAUGACUGAGAAAUUUCUAGAAGAAGCUUAUAUCAUGCAACAGUUUGACCACCCUCAUAUCAUUAAGUUAAUAGGUAUUUGCUCUGUGUCUCGUCCAGUUUGGAUCAUUAUGGAGCUGGCAAAACAUGGAGAGAUGCGGGCAUAUUUACAAAAUAAUAAACAACGUCUGGAUCAAGUAACAUUGAUUAAAUAUGCUUAUCAAUUGAGUACAGCUCUGUCUUAUUUAGAAAGUAAAAAGUUUGUUCACCGUGAUAUUGCUGCUCGAAAUGUGUUAGUUUCUGCAAGUGAUUGUGUUAAACUUGGAGACUUUGGCCUAUCAAGAUGGGUUGAAGAGCAAAGUUAUUAUAAAGCUUCUAAAGGCAAGUUACCAAUCAAAUGGAUGGCACCAGAAUCUAUCAACUUCCGUCGUUUUACAACUGCAAGCGAUGUCUGGAUGUUUGGUGUUUGUAUCUGGGAGAUCCUCAUGUAUGGUGUGAAACCUUUCCAAGGAGUGAAAAAUAAUGAUGUGAUUGGUAAAAUUGAAGGUGGAGAACGACUGCCUCUUCCACAAGAUUGCCCUCCUUCAUUGUACUAUCUUAUGUGUUCCUGCUGGGCUUAUGAACCUUCAAAGAGGCCUUCAUUUGCAAAAUUAAGGACUUGGCUAGGAUCAAUCCUGCAAGAAGAAAGAUUUCGUCUUGAAGAAGAGAUGAAGAGAGACAAUCGAAGAGUGCGUGGAAUAUCUUGGGCUUCCAAUGAAUCUGAAGAUGAACCCCCACCUAAGCCUGCUCGUCCUAGCCAGCCCAUCUCCCCGACUGGUUCCACUCCUAACUUGUCUUCUGACAGGACAGAUUUCCAAACUGACCACCACUGGAACAGCACUGCCUACCUCCCGUGUAGUCACGGUGACACAACCAACUCAAAUACGGGUAUCAGAAAAUUUGAUAGUUUGGACAAUGACGGUAUAGCUCGGGGAUACUUUUCUGCCGUCAGUGGUUAUGGCCAGCUCCCAAAGACACUGCCAGCUGGGGGUUCAGCUGGGCUUAGUGCAGAGCGUGACGUACCUCUGCCACAUUUUAAUUCAACGCAGGACAUGCAUCUGCUGAGGAGAAGUAAAGACCUUGCUGAACUGACAGCCACAGAACCAUACCAAGUUCCCUCCCCUAACAACACUCCAGCAUUUUCAGCUUCAACAUCCCAACAUCCUGGAACAAAUCCUCAGGAAAAUAAUAAUUCACUUCAUUCAAACUGUGAAACCAGCUCUCUGCUGCCACAGAUUCCCACUGAAGAGAUGGAGCAACAGAAACUGGAGGAGAGGCUAAAACAACAGCAACGUGAUUCAGAAGAAGAUGCGAAAUGGUUACAGAGUAGAGAAAAUAGACUGGUCCAUACUAAUGACAACUUAAUAUUUCAUGCUCAGACCCAGCCUGCUACACCUGCACCUCCUUCUGGACGUCUUACUAGACUGUCUAGUCAAGUAUCCAACAGCAGCACAAGUAGUAGUAUCAGUGAUGCCGAUAUUCCAAGUAUGUCAGGAAAUACAAAGAACCAGAUUCCACCAACUGCUGAAAUGGAUCGUACUAAUGACUUAGUAUAUGAAAGUACUACUAAUGUGGUGCGAGCUGUCAUGGAACUGACCAGAGUGGCUCAUUUGGUAAGACCAGACGACUAUAUUGACUUUGUACAGAAAAUCGGAGGUGCUUUACGGGACCUGUUAUCUAAUGUUGAUCUGUUGCUGCCCUCUUUCCAUCUGGAUGACCAACAUCUGGUAUCAUCAUCCCAAAAAGUGCUAAGUAGUGACAUGGCAUCACUAGUUGAAGCCAUGAAAGUUGCUCAGCAGUACAACCUUGCCAUGGAAGCUGAAUAUCUGAAACGUAUGCUUAAAGCUGCCCACACUCUAGCUAUGGACUCUAAAAACUUGCUCGAUACAGUUGAUGUGACUCGCUUAAAAUACAAACUUGUGCUGCAAAUGGACGGCAUUAAAACUACCUGACUUCUCUGCUGAUCACUUUUUGUGUUUCUUACAUAAAUUUCAUCUUUUAAAAAAAAAACAAAAACAAAAAACUGUUGCUUCUUCUUCCUCUUCUUUCUUCUCCUCUUUAAACAUUAUUUUAUUUUCCACCUCUUUCCCCCUUGCUCAUCUUUUAUUCCUCCCCCCCUCUUAUAUGGCUAAGAGACAUUGACUGAGCAAAGGUACCAAAUUGGGGAGGGGGAAGGGGGUGCUUGUGAUUCGUGAGUUUGUUCACGGAGUCACAUGCUGCUUCAGGCAUUGUAUUUGUGUCGCUGUGAGCCAUGCCACCCUAUAGCAUUCAGAAAUAAUGUCAAAGCAUUUGUAACAAUUCAUAUAUAGAAAGAAAGAAAGAAAGAAAGAAAGAAAAUUUGAUGAAACACAUGAAAGAACUGAGAUAGUCUGUGUAGGUUUGGUAAGGUAAGUGGCAGCAUGGUGAUGGGGACAAGGUUUUCCUACAACCCAAAUUAGUCUUCCGACUGGUUUGGUAAGAACAAAAUGGCAACAUCUAUCAAAGCAGCUGAGUUUAGCCAGUUUGAUUACUGAAAGCUUAAUCUGGAAGACGGGCCGAAAUCAGGAGCUUCGUUCAAUAAAUGUUUAAGAGAAAGAAAUUUAAAUGGUUUACUCGUUAGCAUUCAUAAUAAUAAUUGGUGAUAGUGUUGUUGAAAUAGAAAAGACAAAGUUAUGAAAUGACAAAAGAAAAACAGUAUGACUUCCGGUUAGAUUUGGUGAAAGGUUUUCUAAUUACCAAAGAUAAUGUUUCAAUAAUGCAUAUGAACUGAGCAGUAUAAUCUUAGCUAAUCUUAGCAAGAUAUUUCAUUGCUGUGUAUGUAUGUGUGUGUAUUGUGAUGCAAAUAGGAAAAAUAGAAUUCAAAUAUGAGUAUGUAUAUUUUUAUUAAUACUUAGCGACAGAGAGACUCAAGGGUCGAGAGUGCCAGUACAUGAAACACUUGGCCCUUGAGUCACUUUGUUGCUUCUCCUAUGUAUUAAUGGAAAAUACAUAAUGUACAAGCAUGCAUAUAUAGUCAUAUGUACAUGUAUGUGUGUGUUGGAUGUAGCCGGUUAAACCAGGUAGUUUUAUCAGGUAGCUGGAAUUGACUGAUCUGAAUGCUAAAGGGAUAAUUAAACUCCAACUGCCUAAUUGAGAAAUUCUUAUUUCACGCUGCUCUUGCAGACAUCAUUCUUUGCUCAGGAGUUUUCAUUUUAAAAAGAGGAAAAAAAGAAAAAG